AUGACUGAAAUUCCACCACUCAAUGGCAAUUACGCACCACAAGCCUGCACGGCAUGUAGGAAGCGAAAAGGCAGAUGCGACAAGGCGCUCCCUUGCUGUAAUUUCUGUAAAACGAGAAGCCAACUUUGCUAUUAUCCUGACAAGAUUGUUCAGACCACUCUCCGCCAAACAGCAUGCUUCCCACCGGCUUUCUUCCUUGACCAUGGCCUACCUAGCGCAUCUUCUUUCUCCAUUCCGCCACCCGACCUUGAGAUACCUCCCUAUGUAUCGGCUGAAGUCGGGAACUUAUUGCAGCGAAAUUUAAUUGCAUCUCGUUUCUUUGCCACUAUCCAUCUAUGGAUGCCGAUUGUCUCAAAGCGGCGGUGGUUCAAUACCCUUUUAAGCCCGCUAAGCCUGGAUCGUGCCGACGUUGCUCUUCUCUGCAUAGCUAUGAAGUUGAUGUUGUGGUUGCCAACUGCCAACAGUUCAGAUCCACAUACCACAACCUAUGUCGCAGCUCGACAAUUUCUAUACAGUUGGGAAAUAUCCAGGGCACUUACUCUUCCAACCCUUCAGGCGGCUGUCCUAAUAACCUUAUAUGAGAUUGGCCAUGCUAUUUAUCCUGCGGCCUACCUCUCUAUUGGUGUUUGUGUCCAAUAUGCUGCUGCCUUGGGGCUUGAUUGGAGAACAACUUAUUGGAAAGAAGGUGAUCGAGACUGGGUUGAGUCCGAGGAACGCCGCCGGGUUUGGUGGGCCAUUGUCAUUUUAGAACGAUAUAUCUCAUUAGGAUACCCACAGCGCCGAGUUAUUACCAAAGGGCCUAGUAGAGAUGAAAAGCUGCCUAUUGAUGACAUAGCAUGGGACAACGAGAUUAUGAUGCCAAGCUAUCCAAUGACCGUAUCCUCGCCGAGCAAUAUAAAUAUGGGUAGAUUUGCUCGCCUGUCUCAGGCGACUUAUCUCUUAGAUCGAGUAUUGCAGCAAUUACAAGAUGAUGCGGUUUUCUCUGAAUCGCUCGUCGAAGAAGACAUUCAACUAGAUAAAGCUCUUCAUGCGUUGCUGGCUUUUACAGAAAGUGAAAGUAAUCGAAGAGAGAUACGAAUUUGCUCUCAGGCUGCACUCUGCCAAAGGUUCAUAUUUUACACAACGCUACGUUUAUAUGAAGCUAAUUUUGGUGUUUUUCUUCAGUGCGCUUGCAGUCCUUCACAUUCCAUGGUUAUACUCAAGGUGUGA